AUGUCGUCUAAGACAUGCGAACUGUGCAAACUCAGACACCAGAAAUGCAGCAGAACAAGACCGACAUGUGUCUACUGCCAGAUCAGAGGCGUUGAGUGCAUCUAUCCAGACACACCAGCGAAGCAAGUCACUCGCCUCGCCACUCGUCCCCCAAGAGCGUCGUCGGACGUCGAUGCGUCAGCCACAACAUCAACAACGAGCAAAAGUCAACGAGUCCACGACACUGUUUUUGAUUCUAAGGCUGCGAGCCAGCAAGUCAAUUCAUCACGAAAUCCGGCCACUCUGAAUUCGACGCCUGUAACCAACAAAGUCGUGAUCGAUACCCCCACCGAAACAUCAAGCGACUUGUCAGCUCCAAUCUGGCCUAUAGAAACCGGGGCUUGUAAAGAAAGCUCUACGUCCUUUCUCCUUGACAGUCUGGCAUCACUUUGGGCGGACAAGUCAAGUCUGGGCAAAGACCAAAUUCUGAAAGGGAACAAAUUCACAGAAGCCAGUACAUUUACUCUGCCAUCCUCUGCCAUCUCAGCCCACAAAGGUCUCAUCUCUUUAGAUGAGCAGUUGCCCGACAAAGCUACUGCCACAGAAUGGCUGAACACAUUCUUGAGAGGGCCGAAUAUGUUAUUCAGAAUCUGUAACGAGACCGAGAGUUGGAGACUUCUGGAUUCAAUCUACAUGAAAGAGGACAUUGAUGAUCCGUCGAAAUGUUCUAUCUGGCUUCAGCUAGCUGCUGGUUGCCGAUUCACGACGGGAACCGACGAGGAAAGCUAUAUUACCUUGUUUGAGAGUGGCCACCAGUACCUAGAAUGGUGCAUCGAGCAAUCAGAAGAGGUAGAUCCAGUCUGGGUUGUGCCUCCAAUGCUGCUCAGUUGCCUCUAUUUUAUGGGCUCUAAACCAAAGACUUGUUGGCUUACCCUUGGUGCGGCGAUACGGCUUGCUCAAGUGCAUAGCCUAGAUCGGGAAAAAGAAUACUGCCCAAGGUUUUCAGAGGAUGAAUAUGAGCGUUGGAGCCAAGUUUGGCGAGCCAUGAUCUUCUUCGAUGCAUGGCUAUCCAUCACACUUGGAAAACACCCACAAAUCAGCCAGAAGACAACACAGGACUCAUUUGUGAAUAUGUCUCUUGAAGAAUUUGCCCUUCCUAACGCCAGCAUCGAAGUCAACAUUGCGAAAUUAAGUGUUUUAAUCUGCCGCUUUCUGGUAAGACUAUGCCAGGGUAAAAUGAGUUCCAAGACGCAAGAAGUAUUCUUCCAUGCGCUUGAAGAAUGGGCCUCGAAUCUACCACAAAAUCUGCGCUACUUCCCAGAUAUGUACGACCCAGAAGCGUCACAAGCCGACGAAGUGGGCUCUCUUUACCUGGAAACAUUCUACUUUGCAUCCGUCAUGACAUUGACCAAGCCAGAGGUUUUUGCGUCAUUGUCUACCAAGAGGCAACAAAUCUCGUCGCACAGUAGACUCUUUUCUCAAGCAUGCGUUGAUGCUUCCGCCCAGAUCGGUCAUUCAGCAUCAAGGAUACUUGAACGUGGCUUCCUCUUCAAGAGGUCCUGGCUCGUUACGACCAUAGUAUAUCAUGCUGGACUAGUGCUUGCCUUGAGUCUUUCGGUGCAAAAGACGUCCCUCCGCUACAAUCUAAAUUCUCCUGGAAGUCAUCAUCCGAAAAAGAAGGGCCUUGCGGCGGUCACGGAUGUCCUGUCCUCCUGCGCCUCUCACAAUCCUUUGGCCCGGCACAAUCACGAAGUAUUAUGUUAUUUUCGAGAGCUGAUUGAGAGCUACGAAGGACUCGAAAAUGUGAGCCCGAGCCAUAGCAGCGGGCGCGAGCUCUUUGGGACACCUCACACGCAGGCCACACCACCGUCGUUCAGGGAAUCGAGUAUGGCUACCACAAGUCCUUCCUCUCUUUGGUGGCAGACAUCAUUGGAUGGACUGACUUCAACAUCUUCUCGAUCGGACUCACACUCAUCAUAUGGAAUCCUGGCGGGACCUGACCAGGCUAUUUCUGCACAGAACGAAUUAUCUGGAUCUGCAGCCGCGAACUAUCACCAAGGGUCAGUAUUAGAUCCAACAUGCCUUGGAUGGGCGACUCCAUUGCCGAAUAACGGAUCGAAUUAUUCCUACUCCAACAAGCUAAGGUCACAGCCAGGCUCCACAAACCCUGGCCUAGAACAUUACAAGCCAUACAUGGAGAACUUUUGGUCUGCCGAAGCAUUCGACUUUGCACAACAAGCAGAAGCCCAGGGUGCUGUGCAUAGUUGGGAGUUAGAUAGUGGUGGUUGA